AUGGAUCCAACUGAGAUUCUGUCGGAGUUUACUGAGGAUCAGAAUAGUACAACUAACUCAUCAAGCAUUUUCAGAAAUAAUGAAAGCACGACUUCCAUGAAAACCGAAAGUGAAUCCAGCAGAAAUAAUUAUUACGUCAUAGAUAAAUCAUUGAUGGAUAUUUUGCUUAAAAUCAUUGUUUGUGGAAUCAUGCCACCGAUGUGUGUCUUUGGAAUCGUCGGAAAUAGCCUGGCGUUAAUAAUUUUGUUCCGUCACAGACCAACUAGAUCCACUACGAUUUUGCUCAUCGCCAUUGCAUUUGCCGAUCUUGCCUUUAUAGCAUCAACAAUCGUCAACGUUGUCAGUCUGAUUAUCAGGAGUUUCUAUCCAGAACAUGCCAAGGAGGUCUCGAUGUCCCUCAUCAUUCCCUUCUCAGUGUAUCUUAGUCCUCUUCCAGGAAGAAUUUCCAACUGGUUAGUUACACUCAUUUCCUUGGAACGCCUUGUCGCUGUAACCCGUCCACUCAAAGUUAAGCAAAUUUGUACGAAGAAACUUACGCUUGCUUUGUCAAUUGUGAUUCCUUUGUCUGUCGCCAUUCUCACAAGUCCAAAGCUUUGGCUUUAUGAAGUCAAGGAGGUAACCCUUCCUGACGGUAAUAUAACGAAAAUCAUUACCCUCGGCUCUAUUGGGAGACAGAAAGAACUCUUCGAGGUGUACUAUGUUAUUUCCGAAGCACUUUUACGAUUUGUGCCGAUGGGUUUAAGUGCCGUGUGCAAUGCAAUCAUAAUUGCCGUCCUAUUUUUACAAGCGAAGUGGAGAAAUCGGAAACAAAAUUAUACAGUAGGGCAACAACCAGCAGGAGAUGAAAGACAAAUAACGAAAACACUCCUCACUAUCACCUGUGUGUUCAUUAUCUGUUUACUCCCGUCAACAAUUUCGCGUUUAAUGAUUCUCUUCGACCCCAACAGCUCCCACGUCAAUUACAGCUCCAAUGUCCACACUUUGUUGACACUGAUUGGACUGAUUACUGAAAGUUUCAACUCAUCCAUAAACUUUGUGAUCUAUGUCACUAUGAACAAUGCGUAUCGUCGACAGCUCUAUCUUUUUUGUGGGAAGGAACUCGAAAAGAAGACUUGUACCGUCCCCAGAGCUGCUAUCAUGUCCACAUCUUCCCUUUUUAAAGGCCACAACUCAUCUACAGAUGUUUCUACAACAGAUUUAUCAACAGAAGUUGAGAGUGGAGAUGUUCACAUCUGA